AUGCUGUACCAGCCCGGAGAGAAAUGCCUGUCUGUGUAUGGUUUCACUCAUGCUGAUAAUAUCAGUUGGCAGAAUUUAACUGGUGAUGGUCUGUCUUAUGUAUUUGCCAGGAAAGGUGAUAAGAAUGCACAGAAAGCUAUCAGAUGCCUUGUGGAAUGCCUGCAUGAACUAAAUCUUGUUGGGAUUGUUAGAAAAGUUCACAACAAUAAUAAUGCACCCAAAAUGUUUGCAUUAAUGCCUGUUAUUGAUACAAAUAAUUAUGUCUGUCUCUCAAUGAUUGCUUUGAGUUACAAGGAGGAGAUAAAGCAAAUGUCAUUCCCAGCAACCAAUUUAAAAAAGUAUUCUUGCACCCCCGAACAAGUCAAUGCUUUUAAAGAUUUAAUUAAUGCCAUGGACUUGACGCAGGCUUAUGAUGACACAUAUGAUGAUAAGGAAGCUUUCCCUAUAGCUGAGUGUAUCAGCCCUGCAGCCCAGUAUGUGCUAGAUUGCAUAGCAUUCCGAGCAUUAAAUCCUGGUAAACCCUUACCUAAACCAAGAGAGGAAGUCAUGAGUCUCUUCCAAGUGCCUCCCUUGCUAGAAGAGAAUGCACGAAAACCUAUAGAGAAAAUUAAGAGUUUAUUCACAUUAAACAAAGUAGAAGUGAAGAAGAGGAAAAACAAGAAUGUUGUCUUGGAUAUUGAUCAGAUUCAAGCACCACUUGGUGACUUCCAACCAGAUACCACAGACAUUCCAAACAUGCCGAAAGUUCAAUUGCCUAUUAAUGAGAAUGAAGUUGACAACAUUCACAAAAUAAGUACCAUUAAUCCUGUUGAAGACUUCAAAGUGCUUCAAGGCAAGAAUAAACCUUUGUCCGAGUUGGCUCCAGGAAUGAUAAAAAGCAAUUGA